AUGAGAGAGAACACACAGGGAAUUCAGAGGUUUAUCUUUUACGGAUCUGGGUUUUACAGGCAUUUUACAGACACGAUCUGGCUUCCUCUAAUAUCAUGGAAGCCUCCUUCAAGCACUUCACGAUUGAUCAUCUUCUUCGUCAUCAUCUUAUUCGGCGCGUUAAUUUCCACGCGCUUGCUCGACACCACUGUUACAUCCAUUGCUGGCAAUUCCCCAGAGAAAUCAAUACUAACCACGACAAAAACCCACAGCUACCCUCACAAAAUUGAUGAAAUCCCCAAAAAGCCCCGGAAGAAAAUUGAAAUUCCACUGAACUGCUCAUUGGGUAACCUCAGGCGGACCUGUCCAGCUGAUUAUUACCCAUCAAAGUUUCAUCCGGAAGAUCCUGACUCUUCUUCGACACCGUCCACUUGUCCCGAUUAUUUCCGUUGGAUCUACGAAGAUCUACGGCCAUGGAGGGACACGGGAAUCACGAGGGAAAUAGUGGAGAGUGCCAAUCGGACGGCCAAUUUUAGACUUGUGAUAGUGAAUGGGAGGGCUUACGUGGAGACAUUUCAGAAGUCGUUUCAGAGCAGAGAUGUUUUUACGCUGUGGGGGAUCCUACAGUUGUUACGGAGGUACCCCGGGAAAGUGCCUGAUCUUGAGCUUAUGUUUGAUUGCGUUGACUGGCCGGUAAUUAGGACAAAGUCCUAUCGUGGGCCCAAUGCGCCGGCCCCACCACCGUUGUUUCGUUAUUGCGGUGAUGAUGCCACUUUGGACAUUGUUUUCCCAGACUGGUCCUUUUGGGGAUGGCCUGAAAUUAAUAUAAAGCCAUGGGGGGCAUUAUUGGAGGAGCUAAAGGAAGGCAACAAGAGGACUAAAUGGAUGGAUAGGGAACCUUAUGCUUACUGGAAGGGCAAUCCGACAGUUGCUGAAACCAGGAUGGAUUUGCUCAAGUGUAAUGUCUCUGACAAAGAGGAUUGGGGUGCUCGUGUAUAUGCUCAGGACUGGAUUCGAGAAUCACAGCAAGGUUACAAGCAAUCAGACUUGGCAAGCCAAUGCAUUCACAGAUAUAAAAUUUAUAUCGAAGGAUCUGCGUGGUCAGUGAGUGAAAAGUACAUUCUUGCCUGUGAUUCUGUUUCCUUAAUAGUUAAACCCCGUUACUAUGAUUUCUUCACCAGAAGUUUGAUGCCAGUGCACCACUACUGGCCAAUAAGGGAUGACGACAAAUGCAGAUCCCUUAAGUUUGCUGUGAAGUGGGGCAAUAGCCACAAGCAAAAGUCCAUUGCUGGCAAUUCCCCAGAGAAAUCAAUACUAACCACGACAAAAACCCACAGCUACCCUCACAAAAUUGAUGAAAUCCCCAAAAAGCCCCGGAAGAAAAUUGAAAUUCCACUGAACUGCUCAUUGGGUAACCUCAGGCGGACCUGUCCAGCUGAUUAUUACCCAUCAAAGUUUCAUCCGGAAGAUCCUGACUCUUCUUCGACACCGUCCACUUGUCCCGAUUAUUUCCGUUGGAUCUACGAAGAUCUACGGCCAUGGAGGGACACGGGAAUCACGAGGGAAAUAGUGGAGAGUGCCAAUCGGACGGCCAAUUUUAGACUUGUGAUAGUGAAUGGGAGGGCUUACGUGGAGACAUUUCAGAAGUCGUUUCAGAGCAGAGAUGUUUUUACGCUGUGGGGGAUCCUACAGUUGUUACGGAGGUACCCCGGGAAAGUGCCUGAUCUUGAGCUUAUGUUUGAUUGCGUUGACUGGCCGGUAAUUAGGACAAAGUCCUAUCGUGGGCCCAAUGCGCCGGCCCCACCACCGUUGUUUCGUUAUUGCGGUGAUGAUGCCACUUUGGACAUUGUUUUCCCAGACUGGUCCUUUUGGGGAUGGCCUGAAAUUAAUAUAAAGCCAUGGGGGGCAUUAUUGGAGGAGCUAAAGGAAGGCAACAAGAGGACUAAAUGGAUGGAUAGGGAACCUUAUGCUUACUGGAAGGGCAAUCCGACAGUUGCUGAAACCAGGAUGGAUUUGCUCAAGUGUAAUGUCUCUGACAAAGAGGAUUGGGGUGCUCGUGUAUAUGCUCAGUUUUGGAAAGGAGGGUUCAUCAAUCUUGACCAGUUCAGGUCAUCGGUUGAUCUUGGGACCUCUCGUGUAGCGAAAAGCCCAUCACUAAUUGAUCCACACACCUCAGGAUUAAGAAAGUAA